GGGUUCGGGCAUGUCUGUGCACCGCUUCACAACCCUGCUUUUAUACCUCAAGUCCUCAAUCUCCCAACUUUAAACCCAUAUCAAUUCAAUUGCUUUUUUCCUUUGUUCUUCUGAUCAUAUCAUUGAAUCCAACUGUAGAUCAUAAAAAGACAUAAAUAAGGCGUUGAAGAUUGCCACUUUAUUGAUUUUACCAAAGGCGAUCUUAUAGAGAAACAAUCAUGUUUACACGAGUGUUUGGAAAGCCAAAGCAAGAAUCUUCUAAUACUGUAACAUCAUUAGACAAAUUAAAUGAGACACUUGAAAUGCUUGAGAAGAAAGAAAGAGUGCUUUUGAAGAAGGCUUCUGCGGAGGUAGAGAAGGCCAAAGACUAUACCAGAGCAAAGAACAAAAAGGCGGCAAUACAAUGUUUAAAGAGGAAGAAACUGUAUGAGCAACAAGUUGAGCAACUUGGCAACUUCCAAUUGCGUAUACAUGAUCAGAUGAUCAUGUUAGAAGGUGCAAAAGCUACCACAGAAACCGUUGAUGCUUUGAGAACUGGUGCAGCAGCAAUGAAGGCCAUGCAGAAAGCAACGAAUAUUGACGAUGUUGACAAGACUAUGGAUGAAAUAAACGAACAAACCGAAAACAUGAAACUAAUUCAGGAAGCAUUGGCAACACCCAUGGGUGCAGCUGCUGAUUUUGAUGAUGACGAAUUAGAAGCUGAACUUGAAGAACUAGAAGGAGCCGAGUUGGAGGAACAGCUUCUCCAACCUGCCACCACCGCUCCUGCCGCUCCAGUGCAGGUUCCGGCAGGGCGGCAACCACCACGCCCCGCUCCUCAGAAAAACACAGCCGAGGAAGAUGAACUUGCUGCAUUGCAAGCCGAAAUGGCACUUUAAGAAAAGGUUACAGGAGAUGUAUUGAAACAUACACCAUGAAAAAACUGUGUUAAGUUAUUUCUUGUAUAGUUUGUGAUUGUAGACUAAAUAACAAGUUGGAAUUCGAGUGUUGUAUUAUACAUUGAAGAUCAUAAAGAACCCACAACUUAUAUA